AAAAAAAAAAAAAAAAAAAAAAAAACAAAGUUUGGCCUUAUAUCGGGUGUUGAUCACGUCUUCCCGGUUUUUUUUGCUGCACUCCCCCUGUGCUGGGCCAUUCAUCUAUCUUUCUUCUUCCUCUUCCUUUGCGCCUCGGCUUUUCACCCCCACAACCCACUCUCUCCCCCUUCCGAACCGACCCUUCUUUUAUAAAUCCCCCCCAAUUGCCCUACUUCCACACCCGCCUUUUCCCUCUUCUCUCCUCUUCCUCCACCUCAACCUCAACACACCCACGUCACAGCUUCAGAUGCCAUCGCCGGCGUCUUCAGUCGAUUUCUCCAAUCUACUGAAUCCUCAAUCCUCGGAUUCAGACCCUCUCGCCGCUUCUCGUCAACAGACCACGUCAGCACCAGCUACUCCUGGUCCUCCUUCGACCAACAUGGCCUCUUCCGUCAGCCUACUGCCUCCUCUGAUGAAGGGUGCUCGUCCGGCCACCGAGGAGGUGCGCCAGGACCUCCCUCGACCUUACAAGUGCCCCCUCUGUGACCGCGCGUUCCACCGUUUGGAACACCAGACCCGUCAUAUUCGAACGCAUACUGGUGAGAAGCCACAUGCUUGCCAGUUCCCGGGGUGCACAAAGCGUUUCAGUCGCUCCGAUGAGCUGACCCGUCACUCGAGAAUCCACAACAACCCCAACUCGAGACGUAGCAACAAGGCGCAGCAUCUGGCCGCAGCAGCUGCAGCGGCUGCAGGUGCUCAGGACAACCCUCAUGCCGUCGUGAACAAUGCAGCUGGUUCCAUGAUGCCCCCGCCUAGCAAGCCUAUCACCCGCUCUGCUCCCGUCUCUCAGGUCGGUUCGCCCGACGUCUCUCCUCCUCACUCUUACGCCAACUUCGCCGGCCACAUGCGUUCGAAUCUGGGUCCCUUCCCUCGCAACAGCGAGCGGGCAUCAUCGGGUAUGGACAUCAACCUCCUGGCCACUGCAGCCUCGCAAGUCGAGCGCGAUGAUCACUUUGGAUUCCAAAACCCUCCGCGCAGCCACCACCCUCUGCUCAGUUCGCGGCACCACAACAGCAGUAGUCGUCUUCCUUCUCUCUCUGCGUAUGCCAUCUCUCAGAGCAUGUCUCGCUCGCAUUCGCACGAGGAAGAUGACUCCUCGCAUCGCAUCAAGCGUUCGAGGCCGAACUCGCCUAACUCGACUGCACCCUCUUCUCCUACCUUCUCCCACGACUCUCUCUCCCCAACCCCUGACCACACUCCCCUGGCCACUCCGGCCCACUCGCCGCGUUUGAGGCCGCUGGGUUCGAGUGAGUUGCACUUGCCGUCGAUACGUCACCUGUCGAUCCACACGCCGGCCUUGGCACCGAUGGAGCCCCAGGCCGAGGGUCCUCAGUACUACAACCCCGGUCAGGGCCACGCUGGCCCGAGCAUCUCCGACAUUAUGUCGAGGCCAGAUGGCACACAGCGGAAGCUUCCAGUACCGCAGGUCCCUAAGGUGGCUGUUCAGGACAUGUUGAAUCCUACGAGUGGCUUUUCGUCCAUGUCCUCGUCGACCAACAAUUCGGUCGCUGGUGGUGACCUGGCAGACCGCUUUUAAAAGCAAUUUGAUUUUCACUUUUCUUUUUCGAUCAAAUUCAAAAAAGGAUUCCAAAAAAGAAAAACAAC